AUGUCUGCCCCCGCUGCUUUCUCCGACAUCUCCAAGGCGGCCAACGAUCUCCUCAACAAGGAUUUCUACCACGCCAGCCCGGCCAACCUCGAGGUCAAGUCCAAGGCCCCCAACGGUGUUACCUUCACCGUUAAGGGCAAAUCGGCCCACGAGGGUCCCAUUGCCGGCCAGCUCGAGGCCAAAUAUGUCGAUGCGCCCACUGGUAAAGGCCCCUCUCGGCGAAUAACUCCCGACCUCGGCGCGCGCAAGGAACGGCCCAUGAACUUUUUUUUCUCAUGCGGUCGCCUAGCGUCGCGCCAGGCGAGCUUUUUUGUUUUCUCAGAUACUGCUCGACAUGGAGUCAAGCUAAUGUUUUCCCCCCGUGCAGGCCUCACCCUCACCCAGGCGUGGACCACUGCCAACGCGCUCGACACCAAGCUUGAGCUCGACAACAACAUUGCCAAAGGUCUCAAGGCCGAGAUCCUGACCCAGUACCUGCCCGCCAAGCAGUCCAAGGGUGCUAAGCUCAACCUGUACUUCAAGCAGCCCAACCUGAACGCCCGUGCCUUCUUCGACCUCCUGAACGGCCCCUCGGCUAACUUCGACGCCGUCCUGGGCCACGAGGGCUUCCUGGUCGGUGCCGAGGGUGGCUACGACGUCCAGAAGGCUGCCAUCACCAAGUACUCUGCCGCCGUCGGCUACAGCGUCGCCCAGUACUCCGCUGCCAUCACCGCCAGCAACAACCUCUCCCUCUUUUCCGCUAGCUACUACCACCGCGUGAACGCUCAGGUUGAGGCCGGUGCCAAGGCCUCCUGGGACUCUACCUCCGGCAACGCUGUCGGCCUCGAGGUCGCCAGCAAGUACCGCCUGGACCCCUCUUCCUUCGCCAAGGCCAAGAUCAACGACCGUGGUAUCGCCGCUCUGGCCUACAACGUCCUGCUCCGCCCCGGUGUCACCCUCGGCCUCGGUGCCUCCUUUGAUACCCAGAACCUGAACCAGGCUGCCCACAAGGUCGGCGCCAGCUUCAGCUUCGAGGCUUAA